AUGGAAAACAGGUUGCGCUACUGCACAAAUGUCUCUGGCUUGUUCACCUUCCUUGGUUUCCCACUCAAUCCCUCAGAAUGGCAUCUUUUCAUAGACUCUUCCAAGCGAAGUUUCAAGCCUGUGCUCCUGCACAAUGGGAAUAAAUGCCCCAGCAUUCCCAUUGCCCACUCAGUCCAUCUGAAGGAGUCAUAUAAUAACAUGGAGCUCAUUUUAGAAGUUGUCAACAAUCACCUGGCAUAUUUAAUACAAAAUCUAUUAGAGAAAGGCAUUUCACAACAACGUGUAGCAUUUUUGUGCCCCAAUGAUGUGUCUUAUAUCAUUACACAAUGGGCUACAUGGAUUGCUGGUCAUAUUGCAGUGCCUCUUUUCCCGAAGCAUCCUACAUCGCAACUAGAAUAUUAUGUGAGGGACAGUGAAUCAUCCAUCAUUGUCACCACGUCCACUCUUGCUGGGAAAAUAAAACCAAUUCUUUCUGGUCAGCAUGUCAUAGUACUGGAAGAAUAUUUUUUCAAUGAAAACAUGGAAUCAUCAGAUGUGGAUGAAACUGAAGGCAAUUACAGUGAAGAUUUCUAUGCAGUCAGUGAUGCUAUGAUCAUUUACACAAGUGGAACAACUGGAUUGCCGAAAGGUACUCAUAAACCCCAGUUUUCUUUAUAUUUCUUUUCAAAAUAAUUUU